AUGAGUCAAUUGCGUGCUGCAAUGAAUCAUCGUAAUAACUUAAAAGCUAUUGAAAAUUUAAUUAAAAAUUUUCAAAACAAUCAAAAUAACUUUCAACUAUCAGAUAAUUCUGAAAUAUUAAAUUCUACACAAAGCAAUCAAGAUUAUGCAAUAGAUAUUAGCGAUUCUGAGGACGAAGAGAUUCAAGAACAAGAAAGAAAUAACAAUGCUAUAAGUGCAGAAGAGUGGAAUGAAAUAGUGUCAAAAUGGAUUACUAUGGUUGAUGAUGAUGAGCAUGUACGAAAUGAAGAAGAGUGGGAUCUACAAGAUUCAGAUGAAUUAGAGCUUGACGAAAAUGCAAUAACUUCAAACCAAGUUGAUAAUGUAAUUGAUCAUCCAUCAAUUAAUAAGGAUGCAAAAUGGAAUCUUGGUAGUUUAUUUAGCCAAAAUCUUCUAACACCACCAUAUCUUUCUGAAUUAGAAAAAUAA